AAAUAAAAUUUUAUUUACUAACCAUCGUUAUCCACUUACACAGUCACGAACAAUGUUUGCGUAGAAGGCUAGAAGCGCAAUGAGCGAUGAGGGUGAUGGGUGCUCUUAAAACAAAUACUCCCGUAUAAUACUCCUAGUGGACUAAAAUCCAAAUCUAUGAAGAAAACCGUCGAACUCAGUACCCAGAUUUUUAUACAAACCUGGAUACUGAUUUUUGAAGCUGUCAAAGACAAGAUCAUCUUUGAUUUUUGAAGCCGCUUUCUUCCUAAAAAACCAGAUAAUGGUUUUGUCCCAAAAUCAACAAUCUCUUGUUACAUAGGAGUACUAUAGUACUAGUAGUGGAAUAUCAAAAAAGAGCAAUCCCACUCUCUCUUCCCACAUCAUUGCAACAUAAACCCCCGCCAAACAGAAAAUUCGCUUUUGGAUGCCUAUCUAUCUGCUACUGCUGAUAUUACUAUUACCCACGGCGGCGGCAGCGCGGCCCGUCGCCGCGCAAGCACCUACGGAUCCCCCUGCGGACUACUCCUCCUCCUUCAAUUGGACACCAACUGCCAUCUACCCAGUCCUGGUGUUUGCCUUCCUCUUGACUGGCUUUGUCACAAUCUGCAUCCGCCACUGUGCAGCCGGCGAUGCUGCCGACGGAGCAAUACCACUUUACGCCACCGCCGCAAGCCGCCUGCUCCGGCUUUCUCCAAGCGGCCUCGAUCCCGCGAUGAUAAAUUCGUUCCCGAUGUUUAACUACUCCGACAUCAAACACCUCAGAAUCGGCAAAGGAGAGUUAUUGUGCGCCGUGUGCGUGUCCGAGUUCGAAGAUAACGAGAGGCUGCGGUUGUUACCCAAGUGCGACCACGCGUUUCAUCCCCAGUGUAUCGACCCUUGGUUGGCCUCUCACUCCACCUGUCCGCUUUGCCGAGCCAACCUGAGUCAAGGAAUCGAGUCGACUCAGUCGACGGAGGAGCCUAGCUCCAGAACUGAAGUUCAAAUUCAGAAUCAGAUUGCAAUUGCUGUCGAUGAAAAUCAACGAGUAGAUACGGAACCGAGAGCGCGAGUGAGGAUGUUUCCGAGGCCGCACUCAACGGGUCACUCACUGGUUCGACUGGGUGAGGACUGCGAGAGGUAUACGCUGAGGUUGCCAGAGGAGGUGAGGAGGCAGGUGAACCGGGGUGGGACCCCGGACCGGUGGUAUUUUACUAUGACGCGGCCAUUUUUCUCUAGAACCGGUUCUGCCAGGUAGACGAAGAUGGGCACCGGGACGGUGAGGUAACAGCGGUGGAAACGUCAAAGGUGUUUCUGACGUCCGUGAGAGGGCCGUUUGAAUGUCUGGCUGAGCGAGAAAAUAUUUGCUCGACUUCCUGUUUAACUCAAUGAAAAGUCAGAAAGUCGAGUAGACAUUCUCACUCUGGCAGUAGUAAAUGGGAGUGAAUUUUUUCCGGUAUUGAUCGAUUGGAAAAAAAACAAAUUUUUUUAAGAACGUGAGGAUUCCUAGCAUGUACAUUAUUUGCAGUAUAAACCUAAAGAAACAUGCAUUACUUUUUUCC